UUAACUCUCUCUGUGUCUCCCCCAUUUCACACUUUCUUCCGUCUCCCUCUCGUAUAUAUAAAACCCAAUCCCCUCCUCCUCCUCCGCCACCACCACCGCAAAAACCCUAACCGAACCAGCUCCGACCUCCACCGCGGCGCCGGCGACCGGAUGGAGGACGACGAGCAGGGGGAGGAGUACCUCUUCAAGAUCGUCCUCAUCGGCGACUCCGCCGUCGGGAAGUCCAACCUCCUCUCCCGGUUCGCGCUCGACGAGUUCGACAUCCACACCAAGGCCACCAUCGGGGUCGAGUUCCAGACGCAGGUCGUCGAGAUCGACGGCAGGGAGGUGAAGGCCCAGAUCUGGGACACCGCCGGCCAGGAGCGGUUCCGGGCCGUCACCUCCGCUUACUACCGGGGUGCCGUCGGGGCGCUCAUCGUCUACGACAUCACCCGGAGGAUCACCUUCGAGAGCGUCAAGCGGUGGCUCGACGAGCUCGAUACUCACUGUGAUACCACCGUCGCGAGAAUGCUUGUUGGUAACAAGUGUGAUCUAGACAACAUCAGAGAGGUGAGCACCGAGGAGGGCAAAGCCUUUGCAGAAGCAGAAGGGCUGUUCUUCAUGGAGACCUCCGCCCUCGAUUCCACUAAUGUCCAGAUAUCAUUCGAGAUUGUCAUCCGCGAGAUAUACAAGAAUAUCAGCAGGAAAGUCCUCAACUCCGACUCAUACAAGGCGGAAUUGUCCGUAAAUCGAGUGACCCUGGCCAAGGACGGCGCGGACUCGUCAAGCCGGAGUAUCUACUCGUGCUGUGCUAGAUGAUGUCCGGUCCUUCAUGUACGCUCCAUCAAUUUUUUGGAGUCUCUUGUGCUGUUGUAUUUCGACCGAUGAACUUUACGGUUUUCUUCCUUUUUAUCUGAAAAACCGAAACUUAAAUUUUAUGGAGGAGGGAAUUUUCCCAGUCAUUGAUAAUUAGCAUGUAUUGUCGCAUGGGAUAUGUCUCUCUCUUCGGUAUCCAUUUUCAGCAGGCGAUCUCCGUUUUCUGUUGGCAUUUCCUGUCGGUUCAUUAUAUCUAUCCAUGGGACCAAUUGUAUUUCCAAAAAUUAAAUUUUUCUUCUUAAAAUUAUGAAAAAAAAAUAUAUAUGUGAAUCUACGUGGCAAUUUUGCA